CCCACCCUAUAAGAAUCACGUGUUAAAUAUGGCGGCCACCAGGUACCGGCGCUUCCUGCGGCUGUGCGAGGAGUGGCCGGUGGAGGAGACGAAGAGACAGCGGGAUUUGGGAGCCUUUAUUCGGCAGAGAGUGGCCCAGGCCUUCCGAGAGGGGGAGAACACGCAGAUCGCUGAUCCUGAGACCUGCGACCAAAUGUAUGAGAGCUUGGUCAGAAUCCACACCAACUUCUACAAAAACAAGUAUCCACGCCUGAAAGACACAAGCUUCACUGGAGUGACAGUGCAAGAUUGCAAGAUGAUCCUAGCAACAGACAUGCUGAAACAGAUGGAAGACAUGAAAAAAGGGACGUGGAGAAAAUGGCGAGAAAGGUUUUACACCAAGAAAUCUGAAGAGGACUCGAAGUGACAGGCUGACCCCUGCUCCCCCUGUACAUAUCCCUAACGCUCCGUGUUGCCAUGAUGAAUAAAACCAUUCAUUCCUCUUAGCAACAGCA